AUGUCUGCCAAAGCUCAAAAUGUUAUGCGUGAAUUGAAGAUCGAAAAAUUGGUCUUAAACAUUUCCGUUGGUGAAUCUGGUGAUAGAUUAACCAGAGCCUCCAAGGUUUUAGAACAAUUAUCUGGUCAAACUCCAGUUCAAUCUAAGGCUAGAUACACCGUUAGAACUUUCGGUAUCAGAAGAAACGAAAAGAUCGCUGUUCAUGUCACCAUCAGAGGUCCAAAGGCUGAAGAAAUCUUAGAAAGAGGUUUGAAGGUUAAGGAAUACCAAUUGAAAUUAAGAAACUUCUCUGAAACUGGUAACUUCGGUUUCGGUAUUGAUGAACAUAUUGAUUUAGGUAUCAAAUAUGAUCCAUCUAUUGGUAUUUUCGGUAUGGAUUUCUACAUUGUUAUGGGUAGACCAGGUGCCAGAGUUACCAGAAGAAAGAGAUGUAAGGGUACCAUUGGUAACUCUCACAAGACUUCUAAGGAAGACACUAUCUCUUGGUUCAAACAAAAGUACGAUGCUGAAGUUUUGGACAAAUAA